AAUUGAUAUUGAUAUUCAGUAUCUCCGGAAAAUGAACCACUGUUGUGUGAUAUCGUGCUUGAAUAAAAGAAAUGAUAAAAGGCACAAAUUCUUCGCCUUCCCUUCAGAUUUGGAUGUGUGUACACAAUGGGUAGACUUUUGCCACUGUCCUGAGAUUUCAGAGCGACUUACUUCCGGUGGACCGUACGGUUUGCGUAAGUUUACUAUCUGCUCGGAACAUUUUGAACCAUCGGCAGUGAAAGCCGUUGACUGGAAUGGUCAACUACCUGUAAAUACGGUACCUGUUAGAAUUGGGAAAACACACAUGACUCAGGACAUGCUUCUCGAAAAAGGUUUUACCCUUGAGCCACAAACAGAUAAUGAAGCACAUUCAAUUGAUCAGGUUUUAGUUGAAAUGCUCAGUCCAGAAGAAAUGGAUAACGAACCUGAAGAUGAAUCAAACUUUGAGUUCGUAGGAGUCAAGCGCAUAAAGAUGGAACAACUAGAGCUACAAUUUGAGGAUGAAAUAAAGCAGGAACCUGUUGAACAAGAGCAACCGCAGACUGCUGUGGAGGAACGAGCAACAAAAGAAGAGUGUUCUGCAGCUCCAGUAACGCAAAAGCAGGAACCUUGCGUGUAUUGUGUAAAUUUCAAGCCCCGCUACGAAUACGAACUAAAGAAAAAUAAGCGACUUGAAGAAGUUAUUGCUCAAAACAAGAAAAAGAUUGCUAAUGAGACUACCAAAAUGCAGAAAUUGCAUGAUCGAUUCACAUUGAAAAAAUUGAAGCGUAAUGAGCUGAGGAAGAAAUUCUCUGAGCUCAGGAAACGAUGCAAGAAGGGAAUCCCACUCGACACGAUUACGGAACCGGUAACAGAAAGCGAUGACGACGAUGAUGAGGCCGGGGCAUGGUGGUAAACAUUCCAAAAUACU